CAAAGUCCACCUUGGCAAGGCGCGACAACUUCCACUCUCCUUCACAUCACCACUUCCCCCAAGACGCUGCAAAAAAAAAGAUCAUGACGGAACAACCGGUAUCAGUUCUCUUCGUCUGUCUCGGCAACAUUUGCCGCUCGACAAUGGCAGAAGGCGUGUUUCGCAACUUUGCGCAAAAGCCGCAAUACAAGGGCCUUAUCUCAAAGGUAGAUUCUUGCGGCACAGCGGCCUACCAUGUUGGUGACCCUCCAGAUGACAGGACGAUGGCGACUCUGGAAGACCACGGCAUAACGGAUUAUUACCACGAUGGUCGCAAGGUGUCGCCCUCAGACUUUAACAAAUUCGACUACAUCUUCGCCAUGGAUCGAUCCAACCUUCGAGACCUGCAGAACCUCCAACAACGAGGUCAUACCGAUUCAAAGGCCCAGGUGAUGCUGUUUGGCGAGUUUUCCGGAGGACCGAGAUCAGAGGUAGUAAACGACCCAUACUACGGAGGCGACGAGGGCUUUGCAAAGGCCUACGAGCAGUGCACGCGGUUCUCGACCAACUUCCUGAAGCACGUCUUUCCCGCAAUCGACCCCAAAGCAUGAUCGGAGAACGGGUUUGCUACCGGGAGAGAGAGAGAGAGAGAGAGAGAGAGAGAGAGAG